UUUCAUUCCGUUUGAGACUGGUGGGCGACUACGUCGUCGUCGCGCGCCCAUUCCCCGCUCAGUGCGCCCGCGCCGGUCGGACACCCUCGCAGUUCCUCCACAGUUCAUCGGACGCCGCUAGUGGUCGCAGCUCAGUGUUGUCGGGACUUUGUAUCUGUUGCGUGACACCGGCACCGAUCCUCCUACACAUCACCCUCAACCACUAGGACCACGGUACGGAGUGCACUUGGCAAAGCAGAUAGCACUCUAGCAGUUCACAGAGAGGGAGUGGACCAUGGACCGAGGGGCGCUGCGCGUGGCGCGGCUCGCGCUGCUGCUGCUGCAAGCCACGGCUGUCUUCGGUCGCAUCGCUUUCGAGAAGCUGACAGAUGUGGACUUCACGGGCACCGCGUACUACACGGUGCGCAACCUGUCGCUGUACGAGUGCCAGGGCUGGUGCCGCGAGGAGCCCGACUGCCAGGCCGCCUCCUUCAGUUUCGUCCUCAACCCUUUGACGCCAGUGCAAGAAACAAGAUGUCUUCUGCAGAACGACACUCAAGCUAACAAUCCGAAUGCUACGCCACAGCGAGCAGUGAACACGUACUACAUGGUGAAGCUGCAGGUGCGCACGGAGAGCGUGUGUCUGCGGCCGUGGGCCUUCGAGCGCGUGCCGGGCAAGGCGCUGCGCGGGCUCGACAACACCAUCAUCUACACCUCCACCAAGGAGACCUGCCUCGCCGCCUGCCUCAAUGAGAAGCGGUUCCCGUGCCGGUCGGCGGAGUACGAGUACGGGUCCAUGCGCUGCGCGCUCAGCGACUCGGACCGCCGCACCGCGCAGCACUUCGUGCAGCUCGUUGACACGCCCGGCACCGACUACUUCGAGAACCUGUGCCUGAAGGCGGGGCAGGCGUGCAAGGGGCAGCGAGUGUUCACGGCGCCCCGCGUCGGCGUGGCCGAGGACAAGGUGGCGCAGUACGCAGGGCUGCACUACUACACUGAUAAGGAGCUGCAGGUGACAUCGGAGGCGGCGUGCCGGCUCGCGUGCGAGAUCGAGUCGGAGUUCCUGUGCCGCUCCUUCCUGUACCUGGGAGCCCCCCACUCGGCCGCCUACAACUGCCGCCUGUACCACCUGGACCACCACACGCUGCCCGACGGACCCUCGGCCUACCUGAACGCGGAGCGCCCGCUGAUCGAUGAUGGCGAGCCGAUCGGACGGUACUUCGAGAACUUCUGCGAGAAGCCGGCGAGCCCCGCCAGCGGGAACGAGCUGCCGGUGACCAUCGACCACCAGCAGGACCCCGCCGUCAGCAGCAACCUCACCCGCAACGACGCCAACUGCGACAAAACCGGAACCUGCUACGAUGUGUCAGUGCACUGCAAAGACACGCGCAUCGCGAUCCAAGUGCGCACGAACAAGCCGUUCAACGGGCGCAUCUACGCGCUGGGCCGCUCCGAGACGUGCAACAUCGACGUGGUCAACAGCGACUUGUUCCGCCUCGACCUCACCAUGGCCGGCCAGGACUGCAACACGCAGAGCGUCACCGGAGUGUACUCCAACACCGUCGUACUUCAACACCACAGCGUCGUCAUGACCAAAGCGGACAAGAUCUACAAAGUGAAGUGCACAUACGACAUGAGCUCCAAGAACAUCACCUUUGGAAUGGUGCCCAUCAGGGACCCCGAGAUGAUCUCGAUCACUGCUGCCCCCGAGGCGCCGCCCCCGAGGAUCCGCAUCCUGGACGCCCGGCAGCGCGAGGUGGAGACCGUGCGCAUCGGCGACCGACUCACCUUCCGCAUCGAGAUCCCAGAAGACACUCCUUAUGGAAUCUUCGCCCGCAGCUGCGUUGCGAUGGCUAAGGACUCCAAGAGCACAUUCCAGAUCAUCGAUGAUGAAGGAUGUCCGGUGGACCCGUCCAUCUUCCCCGCGUUCACGCCCGACGGCAACGCGCUGCAGUCCGUGUACGAGGCCUUCCGGUUCACCGAGUCCUACGGAGUCAUAUUCCAGUGCAACGUCAAGUACUGCCUUGGACCUUGCGAGCCAGCCGUGUGCGAAUGGGGCAGGGAUUCCCUGGAGUCGUGGGGCAGGAAGAAGCGUUCGCUGUCGCACAACGAGACCGAGGUGCACAGCCAGGAGGAGGAAAUGAACAUCUCGCAGGAGAUCAUGGUGCUGGACUUCGGCGACGACCGGCAGAACACGGACUUCCUGCGCUCCGACAAGCCCGGCGGCACCGCCUCCGAGGCCAACUACGGAGAGAAAACCGUGACGAUAGUGGAGCCGUGCCCCAGCAAGCUGUCGGUGAUGCUGCUGGGCGUGGCCUGCGCCAUGCUGGUGCUGCUCUACAUCGCCACCAUCUUCUGCUACUACAUGCGCAAGUGGAUGACGCCGCCCAAGCACAUGUCGUAGGCUCGAGUCUGCGCCAGCAAUACUCGUAUUGUCUCCAACUGUGUUCCCGACGGAACAUGUGAUAUCUUUGACUGAAUGCCGGACGACACUUUCUUAAAUAAUUUAUGUGUUUUAACAAAAUCGUAGUAGGCCAUUCUAAAAUUAAAUAUCCGUAAUGUUAUUACUGCGUUAAUGGUUCAAAGUUAUUUACUUAGAUAGGCGAAAUGGAAGUGUGGUAGCAAUGUUAUGGUGUCAUAUGUAAACUACUUCGGACACGAACUAUGAAACCACCGCGUAUACGUUUACCUAACAGUAACAUAUUGCAUUUAAAAGCAUUUAUUAAUUUUAGGAAUGAUAGGAUUAAUAUAUACAAUUUCUUUUAAGUCCAUUAGAUAGUAAGGUAGACAAAACAGUGCCUUCAACUGAACUUCAGCUGAACAGACAUUCCAUAGAGGCCUUUACUAAGAUAAUAGUUAAUACGAUAUAUUAUACAACUUAUCCAUUAUUUUGUAUUAUGAACAUUAUUUUAUAUCCUGUGAAGAUCAUGCAUUUAUUAGUUUUUAAGAUAUCUACAAGUAAUACAUAUUUUUUAAAUUAUAAUCAAAAGAUGCACAAUUUUAGGAGAUCAAAAACAUAAUACAUUGUGUCGUCUGAUAAAGGGCAGUACUUGUACAAUGACUGUUGAAUUGUCUCAACAACUUAGGAUGAAAUUAGGUGACUCAGUUAUUUGGAAUAGUCCCAAUGAAUUUAGUUAUUUUAAAUUCAAAAUACAGUUAUACUGUAAAAUGUAUGUAAAAUGCACAAUUUUAUGGGAUUAUUCUGAAGUAGAAAUAUUUAGUGUGUUUAAGUUAAUAUACCCAUAUCUAGUUUAAUAAUAAAUAUUUAGGCGAUAAAUUGGUCCCAGCAUAAUUUAGGAUAACAUAUAAGGCAAUCUUCAACUAACUGAAAUAUUUAAAGUUGACAAAAACUAGUUUGUAAAUACUAUGCUUUUUAUACAAUUGGUCAGAACUUUCAGUUGGGUUUUGAAGAAAUAUUUUGUUUAGAGGAAAAGCUAUGAAAUGCAUUAUAUUUUAUAAUCAAUUGAGCAGUAUUGUUUCUCUUAACCCAACUUGAGAUUUCAUUAUUUAUUUAGAUAUACUUACUUCCUAUUUAUUUUUCUAUUAUUAAUAAACAAAUAAAAUAAUUUGUACAAAUCAA